UGCCGUAGUGCGGAUUUAGACGCCGCCCGGUUCGGUUCGAAAAUCGCAAAGAUCGGUCGCGUGGUGUGUGGUGUGAGCUUCCGUAGGAGUAGCAGCCGCGUGGUCAAGCGAUUCACGGUCACCAACACUACAAUUCAAUGGUGAAGAUAGGACUUUCGCAAUAGCAUAACGGGACCCUUUGAAAGGAGGGCGGAAGCUCAACCACCCGUGACCCGGUCGGUACACCAUAUGAUUCGCUCGUUAAAUAGUGCGAAGGUUGAACAAGUGAAAGUGCUGGAUUUUUGGGAGGAACCGUGAAAAUUUUCAAGUGCUUCUCAAGUGUUGCUGAGUGGAAUGUUGCGUGUGAAGAUAAGCUAUUGAAUUUCUGGGUGGAACGCCGUGUCUGUCCAAGAAAGAGCAAUAAGAAAAGUUCCUCGAAUGAUUUGAGUGUAAAAAUAGAAGUCGUAUGACAACCGGGGUGUCCUACUCUCAAGUACCAUAGCGAAACAUCCGCAGGCCGGUGGUCUGGACAGUCAUCGAACCUGCAAACCUUGUCAAUUGGACACAACUUCAACAACCACUUCAAGAUGAUCAAGAAGCUGAAUGAGGAGCAUCUUUGAUAUUCGCACCUUCUACUCGUAGGCUUUAGCUCAACAUGGGAAGUGCUUGCCUAACACAUCGAAUAGUUCAAUAGUUAUAGUCAAUUCGUUAGAGUGAUUCCUACAGCACCACAUUGUUGAUAGUUAAUCUUCCAUUGUUGUUGAACUACUAAAUAGAAAGUUCGAUAGAUCUCCAGUUAGCGUAACAUCGAGAAUCGAUAACACCAAAAAUGUCGAGCACCGGAAGCACACCCAUCAACAGCCCGCGGAAAAUCUUCGGGAAAACCGCCACCCUGGACAAGAAUGCCAUGCUCGAGUACGAAAUGAAUAAAAAUCUAGAUUGCCAUUUUCGGGAGAAAGCGGAAAAGGAACUGGGCGAGGUGGGCGGCGACCUGACGUACACCAAGAUACGGCAACUGCGUCAACAGUUGAACAUCUAUGCGGAGCAUCACCAGCGGGGUCUCGGCGGACGCCGGGACGAUUCCUUUCUGUUGCGGUUUUUGCGCGCGAAGAAAUUCGACGUGGAAAAGGCGUUCAAGAUGAUGCAAAAGUACUACAAAAUGAAAGACGAGUACCCCGAAAUAUUCAAGGUAUCUCCACCGUCGGAAAUGAAGUUCAUGCUCGAGAUGCAGAUCCAAUGUAUGCUUCCGAAGAAGGACGAAAGCGGGCGGCAAAUUUAUUUAUUUAGAGUUGAAAAAUGUGAUCCAUACAAAAUUCCAGUAGACUACGUAUUCCGAAGCAAUGUGCUCGCCCUGGAGGAUGCAGUCCGGAACCCGGAGACCCAAAUUGGCGGUCUGGUGGUGCUGUUGGAUAUGGCCGGAUUGGGUUUUGCUCAUGCCAGGUAUUUAUCGCCGCAUCUGGCUCGGAAGACGGUAGAAGUGGUGCAGGAGGCUUUCCCCAUGCGCUUUAAGGCGUUCCACGUGUUGCACGAGCCAUUCUAUUUCGAUGCAAUUCUGGCGGUGCUGAAGCCGUUUUUGAAGGAUAAAAUUCGGAGAAGGAUACACCUCCAUGGCAACAACCUGAACUCGCUGCACAAGUAUGUCUCGAAGGACGUCCUCCCGGUGGAGUACGGUGGCAAUCAGCCCACCUUCGACAACACGGAAUGGCGCACGGCCAUCCUGGACAACGAGCAGUACUUUAUCGACUUGGAGUCGUACAACAACAUGGACAGUGGCUUUCAGGAGGCGUUGGAUAACAAUGGCGGCGAUACCGACAGUAUCGAGAGUUUGCAGUUUGGCGAUACGGAAACCGAGGACAGCGAGUUCGAUGAGGACGACCGGCGGGUGUUGAGUCCGAGGCGAACUCCGCGGUCGUUGGUGAAUAUUGAGGAGAUUUUUCUGAAGAAUGAAAUGAACGGGUUGGGAAUUGAUGGGGCGCAGGGGGACGGGGUCGAAAAGGAGGUGGAAGAUGUGAAAUAAAGCGUGUGUGAUAUAGGAUUUAAUUUUGGGUUUGUUUUAUUUUCUUGCAUAUUCAUUUUAGUUCCUACACAUUUAGUUGUGUUCCCUUCCUGGCUCUUUCUGCUUUGUCUUAGCGUAAUAUUCCAACUGC